GUUCUCUGCAGCGUGUACUUGACCACACAACGCUGUGCUCUCCUUGCAGCUUGUCUCUGUCGUGUUGGGACAAUACGCUGCUGAAGCUCGUGCCAGAUGGCCAGUUCGACCGUGUGGAGUGACUUUGAGACUUUGCGACACAGCGUCAAACAGAAUACGGUGGACCGUCUGAAGCAUAUCCUUACCGGGUUUAACGACGAGUGCGGGACGAACCUGACAAAGUCGGGGAAGAAGCAGGAGCUUAUUGACAGAAUCACACGCGAGAUGGACAAUUGGAGCGAGCAAGGCAAUACGGAGAGGUGGACGAAGGCCAAGGCCAUCCUCGAUCAAGUGCGCAUGACAGGAGUCUACAGCCCAACCGGGAUGUCUGGCGGAUUCGGAUUUGGGGUAUCGCCCUCGUCACAUAAUGCGUAUCCGAAUUCUGUGUCGUCUAGCAGCCAUGCCUAUCCGUCCAGCGUCCCUGGAAGCACGAGUUCCAUCCCGCCUUACAAUCCAUAUGCGCCAGCUCGGAGGCCCGCCGUGUCUUCUGCGCCAUCAUCUUCAACCCCGUCAGAUCCUGCGCCUCCGAUUAAAUUCAAGCCAUCGCCCUUCUAUAGAGUGGAACGCGCCGUGUCCUCUCUUAUCGAAUGUCCAGAAUCGACGAGCUCGAUGGAUCGACGACAACAGACGCUACAUUUCCAAAUUGAUAAGGAUAUAUUGUCGAAGUUGAGUUCGCCACACCCGAAGUACCAGCUACGGCUGUACUGUACAUCGUCCUCUUUCCACACACCCGCUAAUGCAUUCCGCCCUACGAGUGUGCCGGCCCUUAUCGAGUUUCCGCCCACUUGUGAAGUACGCGUAAAUGGUGAGGCUAUGUCGGCGAACCUCAAGGGCAUGAAGAAGAAGCCGGGCACGGCGCCACCGCCGGACAUAGGAAAGAAACUGCGAGUGACUCUGGGUGCGACGAACCGUGUGGAGAUGGUGUACGUGAACAGCCAGCAACCUGUCCAGGCAAAGAAAUAUUACAUCAUAGUCAUGCUGGUGGAAACCACGACUGUUGAACAACUCGUUGACCGCCUGAAGAAGGGAAAGUACAAACGCGGUGAAGAGAUCAGAGCACAGAUGGCCAAAGCAGCUUCCAUAGACGACGAUAUUGUUGCUGGUCAUCAGAAGAUGUCCUUGAAAUGUCCGCUUAGCUAUAUGCGUAUUCAAACACCUUGUCGCUCUUCACAUUGUGUGCAUCCACAAUGUUUUGAUGCCUUUUCUUGGUACUCCCUCAUGGAACAGACUACCACUUGGCUGUGUCCCGUCUGCGAGAAAGUCUUGAACGUCGAGGAUCUGAUUGUGGACGGUUAUUUCGAUAACAUUCUGAAGAACACCCCAGACGACGUAGAAGAUGUCAUCGUGGAGGCUGACGGGCAAUGGCACACUGAAGAUCACAAAUAUGGUUCGACUGAAUGGGUUACGGCGCGAGCGCGCUCUCAGCCCGCCGCCACCCAGCCCCCGCGACCCACCUCCGGCCAGCAGUCGUCGUCUUCGCCAAAGAAGGUGUCGAGUGUCGCGAAUGGGCAGGAUCACCGUCCGGCCAACGCGGAGGUUGUUGUGUUGGAUUCUGACGAUGAAGACGAUGAUGCCAGAGUCAAGAGGGAGUUGUCUCCAUCGAAUGACCGUGCAACGUCCAGUCUAGCUUCCCAGAGUACUCGUGGAUCUCAUUCCCUAGACAAUGCGGUCAUUGACUUGACGCUGGACUCGGAUGACGAAGAGCCAGCGCCGCCGCCGCCGCCGCCAAAGAAGAGGAAAACGAUGGAUAACGACUUGCCGUCACCGACGGAGCAAAUAUGGAAGAAGUCGCGAACAGACGGUGCGUCCGCUUCACAAUCGUCGAGCCAUGCAGGAUCGGGAUAUCCGAAUGGGUCGCGUAAUCCGCUGCCUCCGCCGCCAAUGCACUCGUUCGACGGGUCCUCCUCAUCGUAUUGGUAUAGCCCGUCUUACAGUCCUGGUGCGCAGCAGUAUAGUCCCCCGUAUUUCCCGCCGUCACUGCCGCCGCCGAUGGCUGGGCUGCCGCGACAUUCAAUUCAACAGCGUGGGUACUCCAGGACGAACGGAGCGGACUCGACGUCUGUGUUGCCAGAUGUGUGGCGGCCGUAGCUGAUGAAUCGCGGAUCGACGGGGUAAGGCUGUGCAUGUAUGUAUUCCUGCAGCGUCGGAUGUGGGGUGUACAUGGAGGGAAUUGUAACUGUCCCUCGUGGCUUUGAUCCUUCUAUGGCAGGUGUACUUU